CUGUUCAGCCUAGACAUCAUGAUGACGCCGUUGAGAUUUAAAAUACAUAAAUAGUCGGAAUGGCUUCAAAACGGUGAACAUUUGAUGAGUGUAGCUUCAGUUUACUCCCAGUCGUCGAGCUGAUAUCACUGAAUGUUCUAAAACCGUCGAUAUGAUAGGCGAGAUACUGCUUUUUGCGGCGAUUUCUUUGAUCUCGUAUGCGUUUUACAAGUGGGCAACAAUCAACAAUGAUUUCUUUGAGCGUCGAAAUAUCAAAUAUUUGAAACCAAGAUUUUUGGUUGGAAACACUGGCGGAUUAUUCUUCAAUAAAUACACAGCAGCGGCAUUUUCUCAGAAGCUGUACCAAGCCUUUCCUGAUGAAUCGAUUUACGGUAUGUUUGACUUCCGUGUUCCACAGUACAUACUUCGUGAUCCGGAGGCAAUUAAAAAAAUCGGGGUCAAAGAUUUCGACAGUUUUGAGGAUCAUCGUACGUUCACCGAUGAAAAAACAGACAAACUAUUUGGCAAUAGUCUAUUUUUUAUGAAAGGCGAAAAAUGGCGUCAAAUGAGAGCGACACUAAGUCCGGCAUUCACCGGGAGCAAAAUGCGACAAAUGUUUGAGUUGGUUACCGAGUGCACCGAUGAUGUGGUGAAACACUUUUUGAACAAGGUUCAAAAGGGCGAGAAAAUAAACAUCGAAAUGAAAGAUUUCUUUACUCGCUACACGAAUGAUGUGAUUGCAUCUUGUGCCUUUGGACUUAAAAUCAACUCGUUCGAAGAUCCGACGAACGAAUUUUUUUUGAAUGGCAAGAUCAUAAUGAACUUCACGGGACUUAAACAGCUCUUCAGAAUUGUAAUCAUAAACAAAUUACCAGCUGUGGCACGCGCUUUGAACAUUAGCUUUACCGACCCGCCGAUUGCAAAAUCAUUCAGAGACACGAUUUUGGACACGAUGGACAUUCGCAAGAAGAAUAACAUCCAUCGUCCAGAUAUGAUAAACAUUAUGAUGCAAAUUCGUGAGGGUACGCUAAAGCUGCAGGCCCAUGAGAAGGUAAAAGAGAAAGAAGGUUUCGCGACGGUUGAAGAGUCCGAAGUUGGCAAGGUGGCAGUAAAUCGUGCGUGGAGCGAUGAUGAAAUCGUUGCACAAUGUUUUUUGUUCUUUGUGGCGGGUUUUGAUACGUCAUCAACUAUGUUGAUGUUUGCUUCUUAUGAGCUCGCCGCCAGUCCAGACAUUCAACAGAAACUCUAUGAAGAAAUCGUCGAAACCGAUCAACAACUCGGUGGGAAACGUAUUACAUACGACGCGAUUCAGAAGAUGAAGUACUUGGACCAGGUGAUUUGUGAAGUCUUGAGAAAAUGGCCACCAGCAAUCCAAGUCGACAGAAUCUGCGUGAAGGACUAUGUUUAUGAUGGUGGCAAUAAAUUGCAAUUCAAAGUUGAAAAAGGAACUCCAUUCCUUAUCCCAAUCUAUGGUAUUCAGCAUGACCCGCAAUAUUUCCCACAUCCAGAAAAGUUUGAUCCCGAACGUUUUUCCGAUGAGAAUAAAGACCGUAUUAUAUCCGGCACUUACAUACCAUUCGGAAUCGGACCAAGGAAUUGCAUCGGCUCACGAUUCGCUCUCAUGGAAAUCAAAGCGAUUUUGUACUAUUUAUUGUUGAACUUUUCAUUUGAGCCAAAUGCAAAAACAACGAUCCCAAUUGAAUUGAUACGAUCACCAUUCAGUUUGUUGCCAAAGAAUGGAAUGCACUUGGAAUUGAAACCACGCCAUAAGAUCACAAUGUUGGUUGAAUUGCUACUGUUUGCAGUUUUGAUUUUGUAUCUAUUUUAUAAGUGGGCGACAGUUAACAAUGAUUUUUUCAAACGUCGAAAUAUCAAACAUGUAAGAGCAAAGUUCUUACUCGGCAAUAUCGAAGGGAAAGUCACAGCAACUGAAUUUGCCACAAAAGUAUACCAAGCAUUUCCUGAUGAACCCUUUAACGGUUUCUUUGAUUUUCGUGAGCCGAUGUUCAUUAUUCGUGAUCCAGAGAUAAUAAAACAAAUCGCGAUAAAAAAUUCAGAUCAUUUCGAAAAUCACCGUGCACUGUUCGAUGAGAAAGCCGACCGAUUGUGGAGUAAUACGUUGUUUUUCAUGCAGAAUGAAAAGUGGAGAAAUAUGCGAGCCAACUUAAGCCCAGCAUUCACCGGGAGCAAAAUGCGACAAAUGUUCGAGUUGGUCGCUGAGUGCGCUGACGAUGUGGUGAAACACUUUUUGAAUAAGGUGAAAAAUGGCGAUAGGGUCAAUCUUGAAAUGAAAGACUUCUUUACUCGCUAUACGAAUGAUGUGAUUGCAACUUGUGCCUUUGGCCUGAAAAUAAACUCGUUCGAAAAUCCAGAAAAUGAGUUCUACAUUGGUGGUCGAGAAUUGAUGAACUUCACUGGGUUAAAGCAAGCUGCAAGGUAUAUGCUUGUAAGUAUAAUGCCAACUGUGGCUCGUGCUCUCGAUAUUUCUUAUGCCGAUGCGCGUGUUUCAAGGGAAUUCAGGAAUACAAUUUUGGACACGAUGGACAUGCGCAAGAAAAAUAAUAUCCAUCGACCAGAUAUGAUAAACAUUAUGAUGCAAAUCCGUGAAGGAACACUGAAGAAUCAAACAGACGAGAAGGUAAAGGAGAAUGAGGGAUUUGCAACAGUUGAAGAGUCUGAAGUUGACAAGGUGGCAGUAAAUCGUGCGUGGAGCGAUGAUGAAAUCGUUGCCCAAUGCUUUGUUUUCUUUGUCGCUGGCUUCGAGAGCUCGUCAACUCUUCUGAGUUUUACCUCCUAUGAGCUCGCCGCCAAUCCAGACAUUCAACAAAAACUCUAUGAAGAAAUUAUCGGAACGGAUCAAGAACUCGGCGGGAAACGUAUUACAUACGAUGCACUCCAGAAAAUGAAGUAUUUGGACCAAGUGAUUUGCGAAUCGCUUCGCAAAUGGCCACCAUCAACGCAGGUAGAUCGCGUUUGCAAUAAAGACUAUAUCUAUGACGAUGGUAACAAGACGAAAUUGGAAGUAGAAAAAGGAACUGCAGUUCUAUUCCCAAUAUAUGGUAUUCAGCAUGACCCGCAAUAUUUCCCCAACUCAGAAAAGUUCGACCCCGAACGCUUUUCCGAUGAGAAUAAAGACCGUAUUAUAUCCGGCACUUACAUACCAUUCGGAAUCGGACCAAGGAAUUGCAUCGGCUCACGAUUCGCUCUCAUGGAAGUAAAAGCCAUUUUAUACUAUUUGCUGUUAAACUUCUCAUUUGAACCGAAUGAAAAAACAGAAAUUCCGAUUAAAUUGAAAAAACAAAUCAUAAUGUUGAUUCCAGAGAAUGGAUUGCAUUUGGAAUUGAAACCGCGCAAAAAGUAACGAAGAAAUGUGUAAAAUUCGCAUUAUUGAGAUAAUGAUUGUCAGAUCUUUAACGAGUAGUGCCGCUACAUGCCUGAGAUAUUCAUGGUUUCCGCCUUUCUUCGCUUCUAACUCCCUUUGACAGAUAGUGACGUCAACAAAUAAUAACUACGCGCACCUCUGCCAUAAUCUCUUCCUCUAUUCCAUUUUUGUUCAAUAAAAUAAUACAGCGCAUCUGAAUGGUCAUGUGUUCAGACAAUUAUUAAUUCCAUCAUUAAUUGCACUUGAAUAUUGCAUGAGUGGCAUUAUCCAAGUGUGAACAACAUUCACAACAAUGUUACACACAGAGAAAUGAACCCGUGAGCAUAAAAACAACGUAUUGACUCUUCGCCGAUGAAUACGAAACGCAAAAAAAUCGCCGAACAAAGUGAAACACCAAUCUGUUAUUGGAUCAAUAUGAAGCAUGAAAUCGUUGGCUACUAUUUUAUUCACGUUGCGCUUUGUUUCGAAGCGCGGCAAGUGUUUCAUUUUGUUCCAGUAACAGAACGUUGUAUCACUUUGUUCGGCGACGCGCUCAAUGUACUGUUUUGAAAAAAUAUGCAUGAUUUGAUACAGUUUUGAGUCCAUUGGUAUGAUGAUUCAUUUUAACACAACACCCAUUCUAUUUCGCUCACACUUACGUGCACUUUAACGUUGCUGAAACAUGUACGUUCUUGUUUCUUUACUGCGCACAUCUUUUUAACAGUAAAGCAGACUACUUUGUUAUACGGGUAAAAAUUGCACGUAAGUGUGAGCGAAAUAGAAUGGGUGUUUUGCGUCCGUGUUUUGGCCAUGUAUAGAUUUCACUAUAUAAACCAAUGUAUUCACAGCGGCGUGAACCCGCGUUCCGAGGAUUUCAUACAAACUUCCCAUGUAGACGAUCCGAAAUAGGCAACAGUCGAAAAAAAAAGUUUAAAUUUUUUUCGAUUUUCAUAUAGUAUUUUUUUCUGCUCUAUUGGUGUUAUCGGCACAUCGAAAUUCGCGCUCCUUAUCAGUUAAUUUUCACUUCAUAGACAAAUCACGACCAAAACCACCAUUAAAAUGAAUCAUCAUACCAAUGGACUCAAAAUUGUAUCAAACAUUUUUGUUUCAAUUAAAGUGAAACACAAUUUCUAUAGUCAGCCGAUAUUUCACGAUUCACUUUCAAGCGAACAGAAUUUAUGUUGCACUCGCACAAAACUGUAUCAAAUCAUGCAUAUUUUUUCAAAACAGUACAUUGAGCGCGUCGCCGAACAAAGUGAUACAACGUUCUGUUACUGGAACAAAAUGAAACACUUGCCGCGCUUCGAAACAAAGCGCAACGUAAAUAAAGUAGUGGCCAACGAUUUCAUGUUUCAUAUUGAUCCAAUAACAGAUUGGUGUUUCACUUUGUUCGGCGAUUUUUUUGCGUUUCGUAUUCAUCGGCGAAGAGUCAAUACGUUGUUUUUAUGCUCACGGGUUCAAAUGUUUGUAUGUGGUAAUCAUUUGUAUUCGGCAGCUCGUGAAUGAGUCGAAAGUUAUCAAUGAAACAGUUUGCUUGCACAAUGCACACACAGUUGGCUUUGGUCGUUCGAACAACAAGCAACAAACAGCGCUUGGCACAAGCUAUACAUAAAUAACUUGAAAAGGAAAUCUUUUGUUACAGAAUUUGCUAGUGUGAAAUUGAUUUCAACUGUGACAUUAAUGUUCUUUACAUGUAGUUAAUUCAAUUCCCGGUUUCACCGAAUAAUUUUUUGUUAUUUAAAGCAUAAUUUUUAUUGUGUGUAGCCAAGUAAAUUGAAGUUGUAUCCCGUCAGUGUUCUAAUAAACGGAGAAAAAAGGAAUUGUCAAGCUUUUAUAUCGAUAAAUAUGCCAAGAACGAAUGAAUACGGUCAAGCAAUUGGCGAAGCUGUGCCAGGUUGGACAGCUCGACCAUGGCCAGUAGAUGUUACAUUGAAUGGACGAACGUGUCGUUUGGAACCGCUUGAUCCAAUCAAACAUUCCAAUGAUCUCUUCGAGGCAUACCUGUUGGCUCCCGAUGGACGGGAUUGGACUUAUAUGUUUGAAGAACGAUUCAUUGAAUUGGAACCGUUUCGGAAGUAUAUCGAACGUAUUGCAAAAGGUUCGGAUCCAAAAUAUUAUGCUGUCAUUGAUCUAACAACGGAUAAGGCAGUUGGAAUAUUGUCAUACCUGCGGAUUGAUCCAGCAAACGGUUCGAUCGAAGUGGGUUGGAUAACAUUUUCACCGCUACUUAAGCAAACUGUUCAAUCAACUGAAACGCAUUACCUUUUGAUGGCAUAUGCUUUUGAUGAACUUGGUUAUCGUCGUUACGAAUGGAAAUGCGAUAGUUUGAAUGCACCAUCACGAAAAGCUGCAGCUCGACUUGGGUUUAGAUUCGAAGGCAUUUUUCGGAAUGCUGUCGUUUAUAAGGAGCGUAACCGUGAUACGGCCUGGUUCUCAAUCAUCGACACAGAAUGGCCGACCAUUAAAGCUGCCUUUCAGGCAUGGUUGAAGCCCGAAAACUUUGACAACCAAGGGAAACAAAUAAAAACUUUCGUGGAAUUUCGCGGAAAUUGAAGAGAUGCAGAAGAAUGUUGACAGAUUUUAUAAUCUUGAAUAAAAAUCAAGGGCAAAAAUGUCUAUUCAUUUCUCUUAAAGAUAGGAACAAAUAAAAAACUUAUACAAUGUAUUGUGUUCUAAUCGGAAUAAAUUUUCAGUAAUCACA